AUGGGAUCUAAAUCACUUCCCCAGCCUCUCCCAAAACUCAUCCCAGCUGAUCAGGUCAUUCCAACCAUGAAAGGCAUCAUCAAUCAAUACCAGGCUGUACGGGAAGGUAUCUUUCAGAAUGUGAACCCACAAGCAACCAGCUUUAGGAACGUCAUUCAGCCCCUGAUCGACAUUGACAACGCAACCCAGGGGGACAUUGGUAUCAUUGCCAUGCUCCGUUAUGCGUCACCUGAUCAAGCAUCUCGACAAGCCUCUGAAGAAGCCUGUACUCUCAUCAACGAAGACCAAGCGGCCUUUACCGCAAGAUCAGACUUCUGGUGCCUGAUCAAAGCAGUCAAAGAAGGAACUGGCGAGCCAUCUCUUCAUUUCGAAGCUCGGAAGUACCUGAAUAAGAUGUUUCUGGAGUUCGAGCAGUUUGGACACGCCACUUUGCGGCCUGAGCCGGUCAAACGCCGAGGUCUAUGGUUUUCCCUGGAUGAUCUUUCAGGAGUACCUCAGCAUAACAUAGAUCGUUUCGAGAAGCACUCAGAGAACCACGAUAUGCGAUUCGUUCGCUUUUCAGUAGCAUACUCCUUGGCCAUAUACCGAAGCGCCUCAAAACCCGCGACGCGCAAGAGAAUGUAUGUCGGCGAUGCAAAUAAUCUGAGUCAGAAUGACGGACUCUUCAAGCAGAUUGCUGUGGAAAGGGACUUGAACGCUCGGAUUUUGGAUUACGAAAGUCAUGCAGCCUAUCGACCAAAGAAGAGGUUGAUGAAGACUCCAGACAUAGUUGAGGAGUUUCUGACAGACUUAGAAACUAAGCUGAUGGCUCGAGGUAAGCGAGAUAUGAAAUCAUUGGUGGAGUUGAAAAAGCAGAACGAACCUGAGAACUCCAUUGACGAAGGUUUUAAUGAUGACAUGAUAUUUCCAUGGGAGUAUUGGUAUUACGCUCGCAUGGCCCAGCAACGUCGACAUGUCAGUCAGGAUCGUGUGGCGGAGUAUUUCCACCUCCAACAUGUCAUCAAGGUCAUGUUAGAAAUGUUUUCUGAGUUCCUGAGCAUCCAGUUUUUCCCCAUAUCUCCACAUCGACUCAAAGGCUCCAUAUGGCAUGAAGACGUACAUGUUUGGGCUGUAUGGGAGGAUAGUCUCCCACUUUCACGGUCACCACCUGACUUUGCCGAAGCUCUCAGUGUAAUGCUUGAAAAGUGGUGCUGGAUGGAACCUGAACUCAAACGUCUGGGCCUCCACUACACGAGGACUGAUCCGCAGCUGAAGGAGAAAUGGCUGCGGGAACAUCCAGGAGAGGAGCUUCCUCCAGCACAAAUACCCGAUGACAUGAUUCAGAUAUUGACUCAAGGCCAGCAGGUGACUCGAUCAUUGUGGUUUCUUCGUCAGAUGUGA